CUCUCCCGCCAAACCAAAAAACCAAAAUUAAAUGAGAACGAAGGUUUUGAGAGGACCGUUAACGCUUUCCAUGGACCCAACAACCUCACUCACCAAAGCUUUGUUCAAAAACACCAACAAUCCCAAACUAGCAUGGCACCUCUUCAAGCGUAUUCUCUCCUCACCCACCUCUACCUCCUCCUCAGAUGUCUGCCUCCGCUCCCUACCCAUCGUUACCCGCAUCCUUAUCGACUCGAAAAUGCACCAUGAAAUCGAUAGCCUUCGCCAGCUCCUUCUCGUCUCACAGCCCCGCGAAACCCUUCGCCCUUGCCUCGUUUCGCUUGUGCGGCUCUUGGCCAAGUCGAGCCUCUCCGAUAUGGCCGUUUCCCAUUUUAAAGACCUCCGCAGCCGAUUCCCUGAUGAGCCCCCUUCUGUUUAUUUGUAUAAUUUGCUUCUUGAGUCCUCUCUUAGGGAGAAGCAUGUAGAUUUCGUGUUGUGGUUGUAUAAGGAUAUGAUCGUCUCGGGGAUGAAGCCUGAAACUUAUACUUUUAAUCUUUUGAUUUGUUCCCUGUGUGAAUCGGGUCGUUUGGAUGACGCUCGGGAGGUGUUUGACAAAAUGCGUGAGAAGGGUUGUCAACCGAAUGAGUACAGUGUUGGGAUUUUGGUUCGUGGGUAUUGUAGAGCUGGGCUGUCUGGCAGAGGAUUGGAGGUUUUGGAUCAGAUGAGGAGUUGUAAUCUUUUGCCAAAUAGGGUUGUGUAUAAUACUUUGAUUUCUAGCUUCUGUAAACAAGGCAAGACUGAUGAUGCUGAGAAAUUGGUAGAGAGGAUGAGAGAGGAUGGAAUGUUUCCAGAUGCUGUUACAUUCAAUUCUAGGAUUUCGGCUCUCUGUAGUGCAGGAAAAAUCCUUGAAGCUUCUAGAAUAUUUAGAGAUAUGCAUAUAGAUCAAGAGAUGGGACUGCCUCAACCUAAUGUUGUAACGUAUAAUUUGAUGUUACAAGGAUUUUGCAGGGAAGAUAUGUUAGAAGAAGCAGAGACCUUGUUCAAAUCUAUGGAAAAGGCUGGCAAUUUUAUUAAUUUAGAGAGUUAUAACAUAUGGUUGUUGGGUUUGGUCAAGAAUGGGAAGCUCUUAGAGGCACGACUGGUUCUUAAAGAGAUGGUAGAUAAGGGUAUAGAACCCAAUAUUUACUCAUAUAACAUUGUGAUAAAUGGGUUAUGCAAAAACAGGAUGCUCCGUGAUGCCAGAAUGGUGAUGACUCUGAUGGUAAGAAACAAUAUUUCCCCAGAUACGGUGACCUACAGUACUUUACUCCAUGGGUUCUGCAAUAAAGGGAAGGUAUUUGAAGCCAGCAAUAUUCUGCAUGAGAUGAUGAUGAAUAAUUGCUUCCCAAAUACUCAUACUUGCCACAUUUUGCUGCAUAGCCUGUGGAAAGAGGGAAGAACAUCAGAAGCAGAGGAACUUCUGCAAAAGAUGAAUGAGAGAGGUUAUGGCUUAGAUACUGUGACCUGCAAUAUUGUGAUUGAUGGUCUAUGCAACGAUGGGAAAUUGGACAAGGCAAUUGAAAUUGUGAGCGGGAUGUGGACUCAUGGAAGCGCAGCUCUUGGAAACCUAGGAAACUCCUUUAUUGGCCUGGUUGACGAUAGUAAUAAUGGGAAGAAAUGCACCCCUGAUUUGAUCACGUAUUCAACCAUAAUUAGUGGGUUAUGCAAGGCUGGGAGGCUUGAUGAAGCUAAGAAGAUGUUCAUGGAGAUGAUGGGGAAAAACUUGCACCCUGAUUCAGUAAUUUAUGAUAUAUUUAUAAAUAGUUUUUGUAAACAAGGAAGGAUAUCAUCUGCUUUUCGGGUGUUGAAGGACAUGGAGAAGAAAGGUUGCAACAAGAGCAUUCAAACUUAUAAUUCACUAAUACUGGGCUUAGGGAGUAAAAAGCAAAUAUUUGAAAUAUAUGGACUCAUGGAUGAGAUGAGAGAGAGAGGAGUCGCUCCUGAUGUAUGCACUUAUAAUUAUAUGAUGAAUUGUCUCUGUGAAGGAGAGAGAGUCAAAGAUGCCACUUCUCUUUUAGAUGAAAUGCUGCAGAAGGGCAUAUCCCCUAAUAUUUCUACCUUCAGAAUAUUAAUUAAAGCUUUCUGCAAGGCAUGUGAUUUUGGAGUUGCACAUGAGGUCUUUGACAUUGCUUUAAGUGUAUGUGGCCACAAGGAAGCCUUAUAUAGUUUCAUGUUCAAUGAGUUGCUUGCUGGAGGGGAAAUCUUGAAAGCUAAAGCGCUAUUUGAAGUUGCAUUGGACAGGUAUUUUUAUCUUGGGAAUUUCCUCUACAAAGAUCUCAUUGACAGACUUUGCAAGGAUGAAAAGUUAGAGGAUGCCAGCAGCAUUCUUCACACGAUGAAGAAUAAAGGAUAUGGGUUUGAUCCAGCAUCAUUCCUGCCAGUAAUUGAUGGCUUGGGUAAAAGGGGAAAUAAGCAUGAGGCUGAUGAACUUGCAGAGACAAUGAUGGAAAUGGAGUCAGAAGGUAGGGUAGCAGAUAAGAUUUACCGAAUCGAGAGGGAAAUAAUUGGUGGAAAACCAAGUAACAAUGGCGGAAGUGAUUGGCAGACCAUAGUGCACAGAGAUGAUGGCAGUGGAAUUGCACUGAAAACCCUUAAGCGGGUACAGAAAGGCUGGGGUCGAGGGAGUCUAACGAGUUUUCAGUCCCAGAAAAACGAAUUUAUUGAUUACUGAGAUUCAAUGGACAAUUUCGUGGAGUAGGUUGGAGAGAUAAGGGAACCCCAAAAAUAAAGCCAAGAAAGAAAUCAACCUUUAUGAUUCCAGGUGUUUCAUCCUUAUGUGUGUCGAGUGAACUUGAUUGGGCUUGGUAUUCCUACCAAUAUGCUACUUUUGUUUGGGCAUUAUGCUUUAGUCUGAAAUGGCAUUGGUCGCAUAUAAAUCAUAUUUUCCUACUCUGCGGUAAUAAUUUGACCAGACCGACUGGCGCCAAAGUUGAAGGAAGCUAGAACCCUAGUUGUUACCUCUAGAGGAUGCAUGCCACAAGAUCUGCCAUUCGUCAUUCUCGGACAUGGUUCCCCAAGUAUUGCCUCCACUCAGUUGUGAGAUCUCCAUCUGCCCAUUGAAAACCUCAUAUUGGCCUAGGCACUCUGCUCAAUUGUUGUCUCCCUUGGUUCUUUCGUACUGGAUUGUGUUUCUCAUAUUUGAUAUUUGCUUGCUUGGGUCCAUUAUGCCUGUAUUCCUCUAGUUCUGUAAAUAGAU